AUGGUGGCUGAGGUAGACACAUUGCAAGGAUUGGCAAGCAAGCCUUUGAAGUCUUUCAUUGCGUGCGGCAACUGCAAAGCUCGCAAGAAGGGAUGUGAUGGCAAAACACCAAGUUGCGGUAACUGCAUGGCUAGUAACGCAGAUUGCAACUAUGCAACAGUCCGCAAAACACGGGGGCCAGGUAAAAAGAAGAGGAAUCCCAACAACUCGAAAGCGCUUGACCAUAUUGAGCAUCGACCUGAGGAGAUAAAUGGCGUAAAAUUAGACGACGACAGCACUUUUUCAGUCCAGCAGUCUGGUCAUGGUGAAGGGUCAAGGCUUACACACCAUGUAUAUGUACCCAGUUGCAUUUCGUCUACAUCUACAGUUACAUCUACGUUUACAUCUACGUUUACAGCCGACCCAUCUCGGAAACAAGUCCAAAUCAGGGCUCGGAUCCCAACGUUGCCAGACUUCCUGGCCGCAGACCAGUUCAAUGAGCACCUCGAGAAAAUAAGGAGCAGUAUUGCGCAGGCUAAUCUAGCGAGUGAGCUCACUCCGCUUCUCCCUCAGCACAUUGCGACGCGCCUGAUACAAAACUCUUUUGCGGAAAUCAUGGAGGGCAGGCAGCUCCUAGAUUUAGCAGACUUCACCGCUCUUCUCAACGGCCAGUACAUCGCUAGCUCUACCGGCCCAGCAGGAAAUUUCGCUAGAUGGGCCAUCGCCAAUGCUGUUACUGCCCUUGCGUUGCGAUUCAAGGCUGCCCCAGGCGCUGCCCCAGGCUCCGAAGAUGACUUAUCCUCUAUUCCGCUUGCCUUCUAUCAUAAUGCCACGGCAAUGAUACAUCGGCUCAUCUUGCAAGAGCCCAGCUUGCUUUCAAUUCAAGCACUUCUAGCAAUGGCCAUGUUUGUUGAAGAUACACCAGAAUCUGCCGCCUUUGUUAUGCUGGGAACAAAUGCUUCACGACAGCUGCAACUUUUUGAUAGCAAGAUGCCCGAGGACUUUAAGAGCAUUGGAACAAAGUCGAAGCAGCACCAACGCGUACGUGAAAUCUCAUCCACAUUCGACAAGAAGAUUGGUCUUCUCUUAAGUUCAGGUGCCAGUCAACAGGCAGGGGGGUCAAAUGUUGCCAUAUCACCCAAUGGGAGGGAGCCUUGUGGCGGCAGCUUCAGAAGAUAA